UAUGGUAACGGAACGGCGUUCCAACUGAAUCGGUUAAAAGUUAGCAAAACAAAACAGAAAUGCUAAAAAGCAACCCAGUUUGAGCUUCAGUCGGUAAGGAAACAAUUAUGGGACAAGUAUUUGGCAUGAACAAGUACAAGAGGGUAAAGAAGACGAAGAAAGUGGACUUUAUGGAGGAGUACAUUAGGCAGCAGUUUCGCGGACAUGACCCCCCUGAAAAUAAUUACGGGACAUUAGUAGAACUUAACAUGAGAUCGAUUCGACAGAAAGGUGAGGUUGAUGAUAAGAUUUUAGGGAAAGAAUCUCGGAGUUCCAGUGCGGUGUACUUUUUAAAGGACUUCCUUAUAAAACAUGACCUGGACUUUCAUGUGGAGCCGAUUGUAGGUCCGUGCACUGAAAGGGAGAUUGAAAGGAUAAAAGCUCGCAAAGUUAAACUGGACAUGGGGGAACGAAGACAAUCUAUAACAAUAGAAAAGCAUGAACAUAAAGCUUUGGAAAAACCACCGUCUGUUAAAAGUGACAUUUGUACUCUCCAAAAGCUCCUGGUAGAUGUGCAAGCAUCACUUGAUGCAGAUGAGAAAGGCUGGGUGGACUUUGAACAGCAAAUGUACAAGACAAUGGAAGAAAUGAACACGGAGCUAAAACAGAAUUUUGAUCAGUUGAAAACGAUUAAUCGGGCCUUUGAAUCCUCAGACGACACUAAAAAAGAUUCUGGCACGAAAUCACCUCAGGAGAUGAAACCAGAACUCCCUCCCCGAAAGCUCUCUGUGGGGAGGGUAAAAAUGUACUGCUUGUCACCCACUUUAUUGCAACUUACUCGAAGAAUGGAUGAAGUGGACUGGGUGCGAAAAGAGGCUGCCAUUAGGUUUAGAAGGCGGAAUGAGUUCAUUGAUACAACAGAUGAAUUCCUGGGGAUAGAAGAAAAAUGUUUCUAUUCCAGAGAACAUGAGGAACGUAAAGCUCUUCAAGAAAGGCUUGAGUUGGAAAGAGAGGCAGUAGAACGAGCAAAGAUACAGAGAUUAGCUCACAGACAGUCAACUCCGGACAUUAUGGUGCCAGAGGGGUUGAGGAAAUCACAGUCUUUCGAGAACAUUGCAGCAAAAGUUGGAGGGGGCCCGCCGAAAGUUGGCGAAUGAUUCGAAAAAAAGCCUUGACCACCAGAGACACAUGCAAAGACAAAACUAUCAGAUAGGGAGCCUUAAAAGGGCUGCGGUGUUGGAGGAGCUUGGAGACCACAGGGUUGCAGGAGUGAAGGAGCCUGGGGGCCUGUGGACACCAAAGUGACUGAAGCCUGGGGGGGCUGUGGGCACCAAAGGGGCUUGGAGCCUUGGGGGCUGUAAGCUCUGAGGUGCUUGGAGCCUGGGGGGGCUGUGGGCACCGAGGGGCUUGGAGCCUUGGGGGCUGUAAGCUCUGAGGUGCUUGGAGCCUGGGGGGGCUGCGGGCACCAAAGUGCUCGGAGCCUGGGGGGCUUUGGUCACCAAGGUGCUCAGAGCUUGGGGGGCCGUGGCAACCAGAAGCUAGGAGCCUGUGGGACCUUUGAAACCAGAAGCUAGGAGCCAGCGGGGCCAUGGCAAACAGAAGCUACUAGCCCGUGGGGCUGAUUCAACUAGACACUAGGAGCCCGUGGGGCUGACUCAACUAGACACUAGGAGCCUGCGGGGCCGUGGCAACUGAGAGGCUAGUGGCCUGCUAGGCUGAUUCAACCAGAAGCUAGGAGCCCGCGGGGCUAUGGCAACCGGAAGCUAGGAGCCCGCGGGGCCGAUUCAACCAGAAUUCAACCAGAAGCUAGGAGCCCGCGGGGCCGAUUCAACAGAAGUUAGGAGCCCGCGGGGCCGAUUCAACCAGAAGCUAGGAGCCCGCGGGGCCAAUUCAACAGAAGUUAGGAGCCCGUGGGGCCGUGGCAACCAGAAGCUAGGAGCCCGUGGGGCCGUGGCAACCAGAAGCUAGGAGCCCGCAUGGCCAUGGCAAUCAGAAGCUAGGAGCCCGUGGGGCCAUGGCAACCAAAAGCUAGGAUCCCGCGGGGCCGUGGCAACCAGAAGCUAGGAGCCCGCGGGGCCAUGGCAACCAGAAGCUAGGAGCCCCUGGGGCUGUGGCAACCAGAAGCUAGGAGCCCACGGGGCCGUGGCAACCAGAAGCUAGGAGCCCCUGGGGCUGUGGCAACCAGAAGCUAGGAGCCCACGGGGCCGUGGCAACCAGAAGCUAGGAGCCCGCGGGGCCGUGGCAACCAGAAGCUAGGAGCCCCUGGGGCCGUGGCAACCAGAAGCUAGGAGCCCGCGGGGCCGUGGCAACCAGAAGCUAGGAGCCCCUGGGGCCAUGGCAACCAGAAGCUAGGAGCCCG